AUGUACGCGCCCAAGACCCUCGCCGCUGUCCUCGCCGUCUUGGCCAGUGUUGCCUCUGCCACCCCUGCUGCCAACACAACUGCUCCCAUCACCAACUUCAGCCUUGUAAACAUCAACACCACGCACGGAGGAGGCUGCGCCCUCGAGAUUGAGACUGAGUUCGACGGUGGCUGCAAGGGGAGUGCAGUUGUCGAUGCAGGCCCCUACUGCUCGGAAAUCGGUGCUUACAGGGCCGGCGAGUCAUCGGUCUGCAACGGCACAGUGAACGCCGACUUCUCCAAGUCUCCCCCUAAAGUUGAGUUUGUCGUCUGGGAGGAAUACGUGGCCUAUUGCUUCGUUGGUGAUGGCUCGAAAUGCACCAGCAAGUAA